AUGAAUGAGGACCAAAAAGACAUUUACAGCUCGGUCCUUGAUUCUGUCAACAACAAAGCCGGCCAGUUGUUCUUUGUUUAUGGCGCUGGAGGGACCGGGAAGACUGUCUUAUACAAAACUAUCAUUGUAAAACUCCGAUCAGUUGGUAAAGUGGUCAUACCUGUGGCAUCAGCUGGGAUUGCAGCAUUGUUAUUACUAGGAGGAAGAACAGCCCACUCUCGCUUCAAACUCCCUCUCACUUUGACCGAAACAACAAUGUGUGAGAUUAAAUAUGGUUCUAUGUUGGCAAAUCUGAUUUCCAAAACAGACUUGAUCAUAUGGGACGAGGCUCCUAUGGCUCACCGUCAGACUUUUGAAACGCUGGACCGCACACUUAGAGACCUACAAGCUAUGGAGGAUCCAGCAGCUGCUGAUAAACCUUUUGGUGGAAAGACCGUGCUUUUGGGGGGUGAUUUCAGACAGAUUUUGCCUGUUAUAACUCAGGGUUCUAGGCAUGACACAGUCAAGUCUUCAUUCAGUAAGUCAUACCUAUGGCCCUUUGCACAGAUCCGCACUUUAACCAUCAACAUGAGACUGAGCCAAGCUGACAAAGAAUUUGCGAAGUGGAUACUAGAAGUUGGUAAUGGAACAGCGCCAACUGUGGCAACAGAGGGUAGAUGUGAAGAGGAAGGUGACCAGGUUAUAAUACGAGAUGAAUUCAUGCUUCCAAGCUCUGGUCUUCCGCAUCAGACAAUCUCAGAUGCUGCUUACCCCAACUUCGUUAAUAACUACUUAAACAGAACCUACUUAACAGAGAGAGUUAUCCUAGCACCAACAAAUGCCAGUGCCCACGAGAUCAACUCCUACCUUCUAUCUAAGGUUCCAUCCGCAGAGAAAGAGUAUCUAAGUUCUGAUAGUGUUGCUUUUGAGAGCACACCAGAGGAGGACUGGACAAAUAAUUACACUCAAGAAUACUUAAACUCGCUGGAGUUUCAAGGUUUGCCAACCCAUAAACUAUGUCUGAAAGUUGGGGCUCCUGUGAUGAUGUUACACAAUCUCGACCAGUAUAAUGGGCUAUGCAAUGGAACACGGAUGGUUAUUUCACGACUGGGACACAGAGUUCUAGAAGCUGAGCUUUUAACAGGGACUCAUGUUGGAGAUAGAGUUUUGAUCGCAAGGAUACAGUUGUCCUCAACAGACAGUAUAAAUCCUUUUACUUUCCGCAGAAGGCAAUACCCAAUCAGGCUGUGUUAUGCGAUGAAUAUAAAUAAGAGUCAAGGACAGAGUCUAAAACAAGUUGCACUCUACCUUCCAAGACCAGUAUUUAGUCAUGGCCAGUUGUACGUUGCGCUCUCACGAGUCACGACUCCAGAUGGAUUGAAGAUACUUGAUGACAGUGACAACACGACAAGAAAAGACGUUGUUACUAAUAUUGUCUACUGA